CUUGACGCACACGUCCGGCAAUGUUUUGGCGCUGUGCCCAUUGAGUUAUCGUGCCGCUUCGCCAAUUCACGUACGGAGGUCCCACGAUGAGGUGGAUAGACUGAGCGCGGAUGCCGAGGCAUUGGGCGACGAUGCCAGUUUAUAUUGGACAAGAGACGAGUCGAUGCCAUUCCUCCUUAUCUUGUACCACGAUUGCGCACUUCAUCAUCUUUGCUCUUCGUCCCCUCGCUCCCUCUUUUUUCUUUAGCGUCUCGUCUUUAUCUUUGGCGCUUUUCUUUUUUUCCCUCCUUGGACUGAACGAAAAAAAAAUUUACCUAGGGGAACCCACCUUGCAACUGCAACCUGUCGUCAACGGCCCGUCUUUUCAUCUUCAACCAAGUACACCUUCAUCGCCCAAAAAGCCAUGGCGCGGGACUACGAGGCCGUUCGUGAAUCCAUAAAGAAGCUGCUCCAUCAGCCUGAGUAUGACGACGGCAGUGCCGGCCCAGUUCUCGUCCGUUUGGCGUGGCACUCUGCGGGCACAUACGACGUCGAAACGGACACCGGUGGCUCCAACGGCGCCGGUAUGCGUUACGAAGCCGAAGGUGGCGACCCGGCUAACGCAGGUCUGCAACACGCCCGUGCAUUUCUCGAACCCGUGAAGGCUCAGCAUCCUUGGAUCACCUACUCGGAUCUAUGGACUCUGGCUGGCGUGGUCGCCAUUGAAGAGAUGGGUGGUCCACGGAUACCGUGGCGACCAGGCCGCACCGACUUCGUCGACGACUCCAAGGUACCGCCUCGAGGUCGUCUUCCCGAUGCCACGCAGGCCGCUGAUCACCUGAGGCACAUAUUCUACCGAAUGGGAUUCAACGACCAGGAGAUUGUGGCUUUGAGCGGUGCGCACAACUUGGGCCGCUGCCAUUCCGACAGAUCUGGCUUCGAGGGCAAGUGGGUCAAUAACCCAACUCGCUUCUCAAACCAGUACUUCCGGCUGCUUCUCAGCGAGCAAUGGAAGAAGAAGACGCUGCCAAACGGACUGGAGCAGUACAUCUCGGUGGACGAGGAGACGGAAGUGGAGCUGAUGAUGCUGCCCACCGACAUGGCGCUUAUUCAUGACGAGUCCUUCCGGCCUUGGGUGGAGAAGUACGCCAAGGACAAGGACCUGUUCUUUGCGGACUUCACCAAGGUGUUUGACAAGCUCAUGGAGCUGGGCAUCAGGCGGGGGGAAAACGGCGAGAUCCUCAACACGGACAACGUCAAGGGUGGUUAUAUAUCUGCGCCGCGAAAGAGUCCGGUUGCGGGCGCGACGUCGAAGACGCGUCAGACCGGACAGUCUUACGACGAGGCAUCGCCCCUCAAGCAGCAGAACGAGGCGUUCAGGGCAAGGCUGUAGAAUACAUAGAACUUUGCGUCGCAAGGCGUAGUGUCGCGGCGAUCAUAGAACACCAUAGACAUAGCACUAGAUACCAUUAGAUGUGUUAGAGUUAGAAAUGAGAUUGUGUAAUUUUGAUAG